GUGAGGAGGGGCGAGAUGGGAGCAUAUUUUCAUUUCAGAGGGGGGCCUUUGGCCGUGGCAAGGAGAGUGGAUGGGAAGAGCAGGCCUGGAAGCAAGGAGACCUGUGAGGAGGUGGAGGAGGAGGAGCCUGAGAGAAGGGUGUUCAAGAAGGCGAGCCCAAAUGGAAAGCUCACCGUCUACCUGGGGAAGCGGGACUUUGUGGACCACGUCGACCUCGUGGACCCUGUGGGUGAGUCCCUGGAGGCCAGGGAGGAAGGCAGUGGGGGAAGUGGGCCUGGCCAGGCCCCUUCCAGAGAAGUGCCCCCAAUGCUCCUGUCCCCAGGGCAGUGCGGCCCUCCCCACGGGAACUUGGGGACAGACCUGUGGCCUUCAGUUAUCUCGGUCUCAGGGCGACAGCUGCUGCCGUGGGGCCUGUUGGCUGCCCUCCCGGCCGCCUCCUCAGUGCCCCCUGCUCCCACAGUCUACGUGACCCUGACCUGCGCCUUCCGCUAUGGCCGGGAGGACCUGGACGUCCUGGGCCUGACCUUUCGCAAGGACCUGUUUGUGGCCAACGUGCAGUCCUUCCCGCCGGCCCCCGAGGACAAGAAGCCGCUGACCCGGCUGCAGGAGCGCCUCAUCAAGAAGCUGGGCGAGCACGCCUACCCGUUCACCUUUGAGAUCCCUCCGAACCUCCCAUGCUCGGUGACGUUGCAGCCGGGGCCUGAAGACACAGGGAAGGCCUGUGGUGUGGACUAUGAAGUCAAAGCCUUCUGUGCGGAGAACCUGGAGGAGAAGAUCCACAAGCGGAAUUCUGUGCGCCUGGUUAUCAGGAAGGUUCAGUAUGCCCCGGAGAGGCCUGGCCCCCAGCCCACAGCCGAGACCACCAGGCAGUUCCUCAUGUCGGACAAGCCCCUGCAUCUAGAGGCCUCCCUGGAUAAGGAGAUCUAUUACCACGGAGAACCCAUCAGCGUCAAUGUCCAUGUCACCAACAACACCAACAAGACCGUGAAGAAGAUCAAAAUCUCGGUGCGCCAGUAUGCAGACAUCUGCCUUUUCAACACAGCCCAGUACAAGUGCCCCGUGGCCAUGGAGGAGGCCGAUGACACAGUGGCACCCAGCUCAACCUUCUGCAAGGUCUACACGCUGACCCCCUUCCUGGCCAACAAUCGGGAGAAGAGAGGCCUCGCCCUGGACGGGAAGCUCAAGCACGAAGACACGAACCUGGCCUCCAGCACCCUGUUGAGGGAAGGAGCCAACAGAGAGAUCCUGGGCAUCAUUGUUUCCUACAAAGUGAAAGUGAAGCUGGUGGUGUCCCGGGGCGGCCUGUUGGGAGACCUUGCGUCCAGUGACGUGUCCGUGGAACUGCCCUUCACCCUAAUGCACCCCAAGCCCAAAGAGGAGCCCCCACAUCGGGAAGUUCCAGAGAACGAGGCGCCAGUAGAUACCAACCUCAUAGAACUUGACACAAACGACGACGACAUUGUGUUUGAGGACUUUGCCCGGCAGAGACUGAAAGGCAUGAAGGACGACAAGGAGGAGGAGGAGGAUGGUACUGGCUCUCCACAGCUCAACGACAGAUAGACCGGGGCCGGCCCCCGCCGGGCAGCUCCAGGUCCGCCCUCCUGCACUAGGCUGCUUCCUUGUCUUCUUCCUGUUCUGGUGCCCCCUCCCCUUUGUUCUUCCAGUUUCUACCAGGGGCCCAGUGGUCUUCCAGGUUGUGGUGGUGAACCUCUGGCCUCAGGGUGGGCCCCGCAUCACCACGCCAACAGGGCCGCGUGCACCACCAUAACCCUGUCACUGCAGUCACCUCUCCAUCCUCUUCCUGCUGACCCCCAGAAAGGCCACCAUGGCUCUGGCCUUGGAAUUUCACUUGGGAUGGGGAGCAGGGGCGACCAUAGGACACAGGACUUGGAAGGGUGGGGUUGAGGGGUCCAGAUGUGUGAGGGAAUGCCCACAGUCCCAGGUGGUUAACACAGUCUGGCAGCUAAAAGAUGCCCAUGGUGAAGGCCACGCUUUCUGGCUGGGAGGACAGACUGUGGAUAGAUGCUCAAUGCCUUUUUGCAGUCCUGACCCACUAAACACCUCCCCCCUCCUCCCCCUGUCCCUCCGUGUCUGACAGUGACAUUAGUGUAGACCCCAGGAGUGGACAAGAGCAACUGGACCAACUUCUUACCAGCAGUUAGCUAGUCUAAGGCCAGCUGUAGUCUAUUUCAGUAUUGUCAGGAUAUAACCUCUUAGCUACCCUGUAUCUUAUGUGUGUGUCCUACCUAGAAAUAUGCACAUAGAGAGAGAAAAGGAGGGGUCUUCAGAAAGCACCCCCCUGCCCCUGCUCCAGGCAGAGUGAGCCGAAGCUACAGAGAUUUCCUGAAGGGUGGCUCUGAGAGAUGGGUGCAGGGGCGGAAAGGGGAGAAUCUGUCCUGUUUCCUUGCUUUGUGGACCUGUGACUGGCGAUGCCAUGGGAAGCAAGCCUGGCAGUCUAGAGGGGUCCGGGGACACCGGUGUCCUCCUGUCUCCACCUUGCAGUUCUCCAGGGCUGGGCUGGGCCUGUAGGCUGGGAGGCAGCACCUAUGGCUACCAUACCCACAGGCAAAAGGGGUCCUUCCCCAGAGGGGGGCAGGGUCCAUCGGGGUGCCCUCACCUAAAAGGGAGGGGCUGCUGCAUAGUAAGGAACCUUUUGUUUCCGUG